AUGAUCGGAGAGUCUCCUUGCGUGACCUACCAGCGGCUGCGCCAAAUAUGCAACCAGGACUAUCAAGUGCCCAAUUUCAAGUCAAGUGUACCCGGAGAUGUGUGUGCUGAUCAAAUCAGCGAUUGCUGCUGCAAUACAAUCGCAUACCAAUUGAGCAUGCUUUGCAUGAACUGUCAGUGGGACACCCAGCCUGGCACCCAGAUAGGAUACGAUGCGCCUGUCGGAACAUAUACUAUCUAUCAGAACAAAUGUGGCGCUGGAACAAACAACUCUCUCUCAACAAACAUUCAGUUGGCGGUGUGCAAUGAAAACAUCCGACUAGCCAACUUCCUUUACCAAGCUUGGGAUACUGGCGACUGCAUCUACUCAAGAGAAAGGGCGGGAUUAGAGGCUGCUCAGUACAACAACAACAUAUUCACCCACUGCCCUAAUCAGAUCAUAACCGUGUCUACGCCUACUUCCACCUCCAAUCCAAUGUCGGGCGGUCCGGUAGCCGAACCAACAACAACCACGACCAAUGCGACUUCGAACGCGCCGUCUGGCGACGCAGCACCGUCCGCGGGGGACAACGAGAGACACAGCAACAAUAACUCGCACGCUAAUGUCGGCGCUAUUGUCGGAGGCGUAGUCGGGGCCGUUGGCGCUGUCGCAAUCAUUGGAGGGCUCAUCGUCUUUUGCAGAAGGAGAAAACAUCGGCACGGUAGCUGGGAUCGCGAAAGCCCUACAGCACAACGGCACUACAGCUACGGAUACCAGGACAGCCUUCCGAUAGGAUCCAGAGCGGCGCUCGCUAGCAGCAUGUCAGUGGGCGAGCCCAUAGGUGGGGGCUUUGGAGAGCAAGCGCCCUCCGCAAAUGGCUCAGUUGCACCAGGCCUUCUCUCUUCGCGCAGUGUUGUAUCAUCUCGACCAGGUUGGACUGGAGGAGACCGCUCAGUAAACGCUCGCACUGCUCUUUCUCGCGAGGGAUCUUCUCGGCACGUCCCAGUUAGUCCCGCUCUUGAGGGCUUCCGCGGGAAUCUGGAUCGCUCACCCCCCGCGUAUGGUUCAUGGCAAUCUGCAAUGGCAGACAGUAACCCACCAAACCCGCCAAUUUCCUCGACGCUGGGCUCAAACGUGAACGCUCCGCUGUCCACGGUUGGGCCAGAGCCGCCCUCGAUAGUGCAGUCAUUGGUAGAGAAGUAG